UUCCCUUUUAAAAAAGAACGCUUAUUGAACGUCUGGAAUCGGCGAUGCUCGAGCGAAUAACAAUUUUUCACUCCUACAAUUAAUCAGAAGCUCACAUUUUUCUGCCGCUUCCUUUGGUAACAGCGCCGUCGACGAAAGAGCCAGCAACAAUGUCAGCCCAAGCUCAAAUGCGAGCUUUGCUCGACCAGCUGAUGGGAACGGCGAGGGAUGCUUUAGCAAUUGGCUAACAGUGGAGUGCGACCAGAAUCUCAGCGAACACUUGAAGGGCUGCCAAUGGAUAAAAAUGGGAAUUUGUAAACGGUUUCAAGGUUCAGUGUAUCUUUGCCAGCCUACAUCAAUCUGCAAAGGAGUUGCAGAAAAGCCUCAUGUUCAUCGAGCCGUGAGUCACACAUAAUUUUUAAAGCUGUUAUGAUCAAUAUAUCCAAACAGUAUGUUUGCCUUUCGGGAGUCCUUGUAGUCUGUUUUUUUUCCUUUCUUUUAUUUUUAAUUCAUUAAUUUUUUUUAAAAGAUAUGAAAUUUGGAGUAGCGCUAAGCUGCUAAAGACGUCUGGUCGCGCUGAAUGAACAUUAAAAAAAACCCUCAGCAAACCAGUAGACGUCUUUUUUUUUUUUUGUUUAUUUAUUUUAAAAACAAGACGAGACAAACACUUUACACACAUCAUUUUCGCUCUGACUCUUGUAUGACUCCCAACUUCUUACCGCAGGUUUGGCAAGAAAACUGUUCCCCAUUUUUACUUUCCCACAGCCGGUUUAAAAUUCUGCAGCCGAGGGCUUGAAGAUGCAGAAGGGUACAGUAUGUGGUGCAAAUCGCAGUGUGUAUAAACCUACUUUCUGUCACUGUUUGACGUCUGUAACUGGCUUGGCCCGGGAACACACGCCCGGAUUGAUUUGCAUUUGUAACCUCUGCGUUGACGUACCAAAUGACGCGCAUGACCGUGUGGACGCCGAGUCUGAAAAUGAGCUAAAGUGAGCCUCGAGGCCCCGCUGCCAUCGUGAUAAUAUCAUUGAGGCCAGGUGAAGUCACGCAAUGAGCGACAAGACAAUGACGCGUUGUCAAAAGUGGCAGUCAGAUUAGUCCAAAGCUGAAGCCUGGCCCUCACCGACGAGUACGUGAGGUUGUUCUCACUGGCCGCCUUGUGGACUCUUUCAGGGGACGAGACGCGGCAGAGGGUCAAGUACUCGGACGAGCGAGUCUGCAAAAGUCACCUUCUCGACUGCUGCCCGCACGACAUCCUGUCAGGAACCCGCAUGGACCUGGGAGAGUGCACCAAGAUCCACGACCUGGCCCUCCGAGCAGACUAUGAAAUUGCUUCCAAGGAGCGAGAGCUGUUUUUUGAGCUGGACGCCGUCGAUCACUUGGAGUCAUUCAUCGCCGACUGCGACCGCAGGACAGAACUGGCCAAGAAGCGCCUGGCCGAGACUCAAGAAGAGAUCAGCGCCGAAGUGGCGGCCAAGGCGGAGAAGGUCCACGAGCUGAACGAGGAAAUCGGGAAGCUCCUGGCCAAGGCCGAGCAACUCGGAGCGGAGGGCAACGUGGAGGAAUCCCAGAAGGUGCUGCAGGAAGUGGAGAAAGUCCGCAGUAGGAAGAAGGAUGCAGAGGAGGAAUACAGAAACUCCAUGCCGGCUUCCAGUUUCCAGCAGCAGAAGCUGCGCGUUUGCGAGGUGUGCUCUGCCUAUCUGGGUCUCCACGACAACGACCGCCGUUUGGCCGACCACUUUGGCGGCAAGCUCCACCUGGGCUUCAUCCAGAUCCGAGAGAAGCUGGACCAACUCAAGAAAACCGUCGUGGACAAGCAGGAGAAACGCAACCAGGAUCGUCUCAAGAGACGGGAAGAAAGAGAGAAAGAAGAAAAGAUGAAAAAACGGACGAGAUCCCGCAGCAGAGAGCAUAAAAGGUCUCGUUCUCGUGACCGAAGGAGGCGCCGCUCGCGCUCCUCGUCCCGAGACAAGCGCCGCUCGCGCUCUCGCUCCAGGGACAGGAAGAGGCGACAGAGGUCCCGCUCCCGAAGCCGAGGCCACCGUCACAGCCACGAGCUGAGCUCCAGACACAAGUCAUCCAGAGACCGCGAUCGCUCGUCCAGAGACGCGUCACAGGGACGCGAGCGGCGGGACGGCGUCAACGGCAGGUCGGAUUCUCGGAGGGCAGAUGACAGAGAAGACCCGUGAAGGCCAACGUCCAUCUCGCACCGCACCCACCAUCUCGUUUGUCCGUUUAGCAGUGUUCCGCGUAGUCCUCCAUCGCCUCCCUUUUACUUUGACUCGCACGAAACCCCAAUCCGCAAUCGGACAUCAAGCCACCGAUGCUCACCUUAGCUCUGCGAUUUGCCAGCCUUCCUUUUAUCGGACGAACAGUAACGCGAACACAGAAAUCAUACAUUUGCGAAUACUAUUUUAUUACGUUUCUUUUACUACAGAAUCGGACUUUGGAAUGCGCGUUUUUGUUUCCUACGAGCUCUCCUUAAGGUCCUUUACAUGUCAGCCAUGUUUGUUGGUUUGCUUUUUUUCCCAACGUAGUAUGUUUUAUUUUGGAGGAGGUGGCCAGUAAGUAGUGAGAGUAAAAUAAAAUAUGAAGUCUAGUGGGGCAAAAAAAAAAAAGGAGUGAAUUUGUUGGAAAUGUUUGUGAGUCAUCUGUCAUGUUUUGUUAAUUGAUUGGAAGGGGUGGGGGGGGGGGGACUUUCUAUAAAUACAAACAUUGACCAUUCAAAGAAUGUUCCCUUGAGUUAGUGUUGGCAAGUGAAGCAGAAAUGUGUACUCGCCAUUAAAACUAAAACAAUGCAACAGACAUGCUUUGUAAUUACAUGCAAACAGAUUGUAACGUCUUCAUCGCUUUACAUAAGGCCAUCAUCCGGUUCUACUGGGAUUCAUUAAAAAAAAAGUCUUCUCAAUUAAACCAUAUUAAAGUA